AUGCAGCCUAAAAAGAAGGACAAGCAAGGAUAUAACUUCGCUCUCUCCCUUCUGUUAGGCAGUCUGUUACGAAUUAGGCUGCUGGCAGUCAGGGUUGAUCCAUAUGGGUUUGAAAGGCCAGAAGACUUCGAUUAUGCAUCCUAUGAAGCAUUCUUUUCCAGAUAUCUAGUGGUACUCACUAGAAGAGCAAUAAAAUGGUCCAAGCUCCUAAAGGGGAAUAACAGUAUACAGAAGAGUUUAAAAGUGAAGAGAUAUAUCAGGAAAGGCAUCCCCAAUGAACACCGUGCAUUGAUCUGGAUGAUUGUGAGUGGGGCCCAAACCAACAUGGAACAAAACCCUGGCUAUUACCACAGACUGCUUGAAGGAGAGAAGAAUGACAAGCUGGUUGAAGCAAUCAAAACAGACAUGAACAGAACAUUUCCAGAUAAUGUAAAAUUCCGCAAAACUGCUGAUCCCUGUUUGCAGCAUACACUCUACAACGUAUUGGUAGCAUAUGGGCAUCAUAAUAAAGCAGUAGGAUAUUGUCAGGGUAUGAACUUCAUAGCUGGAUACCUGAUUCUUAUUACAAAGAAUGAAGAGGAGUCCUUUUGGUUGCUAGAUGCUCUUAUUGGAAGAAUAUUGCCUGAUUAUUACAGUCCUGCAAUGUUGGGCCUGAAAACUGAUCAGGAAGUCCUUGGAGAACUUGUGAAAAUGAAAGUUCCAGCUGUGGCAGAGCUGAUGGAAAGACAUGGAGUCAUGUGGACCCUAGUGGUGUCACGCUGGUUUAUAUGCUUGUUCAUUGACAUUCUGCCAGUAGAGACUGUGCUCCGAAUAUGGGAUUGUUUAUUCUAUGAAGGGUCAAAGAUCAUCUUCCGUGUGGCCUUAACGUUAAUUAAGCAACACCAAGCUUUUAUUUUGGAAGCCACGAAUUUCCCUGACAUUUGUGAUAAAUUUAAGCAGAUCACCAAAGGAACAUUUGUAACGGAGUGUCACAGCUUCAUGCAGAAAAUAUUCACAGACCCUGGAAGCUUGUCCAUGGCAACAAUUAACAAACUCCGAGACACUUGUAGAGAGAAGUUGCUUUCUCAGGGGUAACUCACCAGAUUUAACCAGGUGGUCAGAUACUACAGCAAUUGACACAUUCCUCUAUUUGCACUGACUAGAGCACACUUUAAGCUUUCCAUGAGUCAACUGACACUUGACCAAUCUUUCCUGCCUUUCAAGUAAGUGUUGUUAAUAUUUUGUACUGUAUGUCAGACUUCAUAACUGGAACUGGUGGUUCUGUUGUUUGUUUGUUUGUAAGGAUUAAAGUGUUUUCAGAGUAGAAUGUGAUCAGUGUCAGGACACUCCUUUUAAAAAAGCAAUUACCAUCCUUGUCUUUUCAGGGCAUUUUGUAAUGUUAAAAGAAAACAGGUGUAUAAAAUUACAUAUCCUUCCUACUGUAUUAACUGUGACACUGCUAUCAUUUGUACAAAAUAAAUUAAUUUAAUUUG